GGCAAGGACAGCAACCCCUGGAAGGAACCUCAGACUUCCACGCACAGUGUCCCCGAGCUGCUCCGCAUGGCGCUCAAGGGGACGGAAGACCCCACACUGAUGCAGGCGUUCGAGGCGCAGGUCCUCAAGCGUGCCACGAGUGUUUUCAAGGAUGCGGAUCACAAGCACACCCAGGCGGCUGCGAACGUGGUCCGCUUGAAAUCCAAUCUGGAGCAGGCGCGCGCCAACGAGAAGUCGGCAGCCCUGGCCCUGGCUCAGGGCGAGCGGGCCAAGAAGUCAGCCGCGGAGGCGCUCGCGCUCGCGGAGGGCAUCUCCAUGCAGGGCGCGGACCCCAGCGCUAGGCCCAAGUUUGCAGUCAGCUGGGACCGGGAGCUCGACGGCAUCGAGGAGCUUGAAUGCGAGGCAGCAGAGCGAGCCAUCCUUCGGAUGAUCAGGUCCGAUUUAGAAGGGCUCGCCACGCUGAUGACGACCAAUGAGGCGGAGGCGGAAGUCACGGCAAUGUUGGCAAACUCGCAAGAGGUUCAGUCGUUCGCGGACCGCUUCAACAAGCAGAGGAAGGUGCAGCAGGCGCAGCUGGCAGGAGAAGAGCACGAUCAGGAGUUCACCGACGCGGCGGAGCGCCUGCCCCAGCCCAAGCGGGAGUCGCAGCUCAAAGCAUUGGCCGAACAGAAUGCCGACACAAAGGGCAGCUCGCUCGGCAAGGGCAAGGGCACCUCCGCCACCGCGGGCAAGGGAGAUGGCGCGCAGGUGGCCAAGGCGCAGGCGGCGCGCGCGAACGAGGGCUGCGAGUGGGCGCUCGCCAAGAGUCAUCUGCAGGCACAGUCAGCGCUGUCCGAG